UGCGGGCUUGAUGUUUGCUGAGCGGAGAGGAGGAAGUGAGUGUAACAUCAUGAGCUGAACAGGUAGACAGAGUAAACUAUCAAAGUGAGUUACCUGGAGAGUUACCUGGAGAAUUACCUGGAGAGUUACCUGGAGAAUUACCUGGAGAGUUACCUGGAGAGUUACCUGGAGAGUUACCUGGAGGGACAUAUAAGGUGGGGCUGCUCAGGUGAGACAGCUUCUUGCUCUGGAAUCUUCCUGUAGGCGGACAGCUGUCAGUGAUGUCCACGUCUUAGACUCUAACCUACCCCCAUCAUGGACUCAAAAAAGCCGGGCGUGCUGCGGAAUCUGCGCCAGAGGAUGAUGCCACACCUUCGGCGAGACAAGUUGGCGGUCCAGCUGGAGCCCAGGAUGAGCUCGUCGGUCCCUGACAUGAGGAACAUGAGGCAGGAGGACGCUCACAUGUCCUCCAGGAUGGAGCUCCAACCGUACAACUCUCCAAGCUACAGCAGCCCGUCUUCACCUGUCAUCAAGCCCGCCAGGAGCCCGGGAGGAGGAGGGGGGGGGAGUGGCCUGAGGAGGGAGGGGGGUAGAGGAGGAGGAGGGGGGAGUGGCCUGAGGAGGGAGGGGGGUAGAGACUGCACAGACUGGGCUUCCUCUCAGGAGUCAUUUGUCUCUGAGGAGGAGACGAGUGAGUCUACCUGCAGAGCGUCCUGGGGCAUGGAGCCUGAGGAGCUGGGCCUGCCCGAGAUGAUGACCGUCUACAGCCCGGACCCUCCGUCAGCGGGGGUCUCAAAGGACAACUCACAGAACGAAGAUCUGAACGCCGCCGACAUCCAACAAGUCGAGGGGGGCAGUGAGACCCCCAGUGUGUCGGAGAACAGUGGGGAUCUGUCUCGCUCUUUCCUGCUCACCAUCAACCUUAAGGAAGGACGAAACCUGGUGAUCAGAGACCGCUGUGGAACCAGCGACCCGUAUGUGAAGUUCAAACUGGAGGGAAAAACCUUCUACAAGAGCAAAGUGGUUUAUAAAGACCUGAACCCCAUAUGGAACGAGACCUUCUCCUUACCUGUGAAGGACCUGAGCCAGAAACUUUACGUCAAGGUGUACGACCGUGACCUGACCACAGAUGACUUCAUGGGCUCUGCUGGUGUCACCCUGAGUGACCUGGAGAUGGACAGGGUGAACGAACUCUCUCUGGCCUUAGACGACCCAAACAGCCUGGAGGAGGACAUGGGGGUGGUCCUGGUGGACUUGAGUCUGUUGCUGAGAGAGGGAGACAGCAAGAGAGGCCAUCGCUGGAGACACAAACCAAGCUCUGGGUCAGGAGGCGGGCAGACCCCUCGUCUGUCAGAGUCUCUGAGGAAGGGUCAGCUGUGGAUGUCUGUGGUGUCAGUGACUCUGGUGGAGGGUCAGGAUCUGGUUCUGGACUCUCUGGGGGGGCAGUUCUUAGUUCGCUUCAGACUCGGAGAGCAGAGAUACAAGAGCAAGAAUCACUGCAAAGUGUCCAACCCUCAGUGGAGAGAGCGGUUCACGUUGAACAAGUUCCUGGAGGGGUCAGACCUCCUGGAGGUGGAGCUCUGGUCCAAAGAGGGGCGGAGGACUGAGGAGCGUCUGGGAGCGUGUGAAGUGGACCUGACCCGGGUCCCUCUAAACCAGAGACAGUUGUUCACUCUGGAUCUGGGGAGGGGAUGUCUGGUCUUCCUGCUCACUCUGAACACGUGCAGCGGCGUCUCCAUCAGUGACCUCGGCACCGCUCCGCUCGAUGAUCCGCACGAGCAACAGAACCAGCUCGACCACUACAGUUUGAAGAGGUCUCUGAAGAACCUGCACGAUGUGGGUUUCCUUCAAAUCAAAGUGCUGAAGGCUGCAGAUCUGCUGUCUGCUGAUUUAAACGGGAAAAGCGAUCCCUUCUGUGUGCUGGAGUUAGGAAACGACAGGCUGCAGACCCACACGGUCUACAAGAGCCUGAACCCGGACUGGAACCAAGUCUUCACAUUCCCUGUUAAAGACAUUCAUGAUGUUCUGAUGGUGACCAUCUUUGAUGAGGACGGAGACAAGGCGCCAGACUUCCUGGGGAAAGUCGCCAUUCCUCUGCUCUCGAUCCGCAGUGGACAGCAGACGGUCUACCCGCUGAAGAAAGAGGACCUGGGCGGACUGUCGAAGGGCACCAUCACUCUGGAGCUGGAGGUUAUUUUUAACCCUGUCAGGGCGAGUGUGCGGACGUUCCAGCCAAGAGAGAGGACCUUCAUGGAAGACAAUGCCAAGUUCUCCAAAAAGGCUCUGGCGAGGAACGUGCUGCGUGUUCAGACGCUGUACAGGGCGAUCGUCUCCACGCUGCGCUACAUCAAAAGCUGCUUCCAGUGGGAGAGCGUUCAGAGGAGCCUGCUCGCCUUCCUGGUCUUUGUGGUGACCGUGUGGUACUGGGAGUUCUACAUGCUGCCCUUCUUCCUGGUCCUGCUCAUCUCCUGGAACUACAUGCAGAUCCGGUCCGGCCGUGUCCCUCAGGACCUGGAGAGUAUGGAUGUGGGAGAGGAAGAGGAGGAUGAUGAGAAGUCGGAGAGACGCGGGCUGAUGGAGAAGAUCCACAUGGUCCAGGAAACCAUCGUCACCCUCCAGACGCUGCUGGACGAGAUCGCAUGUUUCGGAGAGCGGAUUAAAAACACUUUUAAUUGGUCGGUGCCCUUUCUGUCCAUGCUGGCUUUCCUGAUUUUCGUCAUGGCAACGAUCCUGACGUACUACAUCCCCGUACGUUACAUCGUGCUGAUAUGGGGUAUCAAUAAAUUCACCAAGAGACUACGGAACCCGUACAGCAUCGACAACAAUGAAGUACUGGAUUUCCUGUCCAGGGUGCCGUCAGACGUGCAGAAGGUUCAGUUCAGUGAGACCCGAGGCAGCAGGAAGAAGAAGAUCUUAUAGGAGGAGGAGGACAUGAUGCUGCUUCCACCUGAAAACACAACACCGUGCAGAACGCCGUCUUGCAGAGCGGCGUCUUGCAGAACGCCGUGCAGAGUGGCAUUGUGCAGAGUGGCAUUGUGCAGAGUGGCGUUGUGCAGAGUGGCGUUGUGCAGAGCGGCGUUCUUCAGAGCGUUGGGGGGAUGUGGAGCAGCUGGUAAAGACUCUCUGCACGCUGUCACAGACUCGUCUGAUUGUUUGAAUAGUUUCUUCGAUCAGCUGAUCUUCUCUCCCUGAAGCGUUCAUAUAUUCUAUAAACUUUAUUACACAGUUCAGAUGUUUUAUUUUACAGAUGAUUUAUAAUGUUUUAUGUCUGAGAGCUUUAAGUGCCUCCCUGAGCUCGUCUCGGGCUGCAGAUGUUUUAUUUUACAGAUUUGAAUGAUGGUUUAUAAUGUUUUAUACUCUCUGAGAGCUUCCCUCCCUGAGCUCGUCUCGGGCUGCAGAUGUUUGCACACAUCACUUUAUUUAUUAACGGCCGUCAUGAUGAUGUCUUUGUUUUCCUGCAGUAAUAAAAGCUUUCGACCUCA